GAAAUUCUUUUCGUCAUCGUCUUCGAUGUCAUCAUCAACUUCAACUUCAAGAGCAGUCAACAAUGAUAGCAGUAAUAAUACUGAUGUUACGAUGAAUUCAGUGAUUUCUACCACUAUGACUGAUAAUAACACUAAUAACAAUAGUGGUAGUAGUAGAAACUCAAAUCGCAGCUCUAACUCUUCUAACAACAACAACAACACUAGUAAUAGUAAUUUAUUCAAUAGGUCUUUUACCCCACCUGCAAUACCCAUCAAUUCUACCAUGAUUGCACCUACCUCCUUCCUUAACUCAUCUUUUCCAACGUUAACACAUUAUCUUCCGUUCGUAUUCUCGCCUAGUUCUGCAAGUCUUACUCAUAGUAGUAAUAACAACAGCAAUUUUAUCACACCGACAUUAAUGACUGAUAGUUCUUUCGCCACAAUUGGGUUACCAUAUGCAUCAUCAAAUGACGUAAGAAUUGCCGGAGUAAUCGCGGCAAAUAUUGUCGCGGCAACAAAUAAUGGAAAUGGAAAUGUUGACAGUGACAGUGAUAUCGAACCACGUGAGCGACCUUAUGAAUUGUUAUUUGAAAGUGAAUCAUCAUCUUCACCCAAUGGCGAAGAACCAGCAUCACCGAAUAGUGUAGCACAUAGUCUUUCACCACCACAGAAUAGUAAUAACGUGGAUAUAGCAGCUCAUCAAUUGAUUCUUCCAAUUGGCACUGUGAAUAUGGAAAUUUUUGCUGGUGAUGCUGCUGGUGAUAGUGGAGGAGGAAAUAAUGAUGGAAAUCCACCAGAACAAUCACGUUCUCCAUCACCGUCAGAUGUAAAGGAAGAAUUGAUGACGGAUGUGGACAAUUCGCAAAUGCCAUAUGCUAUUGAUCAUAAAACUUUGAUGGAAUCAUUAAGACGUCGCGUUCGUGAUUUGGACACGGACGCAUGGCAAUUCAUCAAGGAUGAUAAUGAAUUUUCGAGAUUUUAA